GGCGCCGCUGGCGGCGCGAGGUGCAGCGCGGGGCCGCCAUGGGCGCGCGGGCGCUGUGGGCGCUGCUGGCGGCGCUGAGGGCGGGCUGGUGCCUCCUGCCGCAGAGCGGCUACCUGCACCCCGACGAGUUCUUCCAGGCGCCCGAGGUCAUGGCAGGAGAUAUUUUAAAUCUACAGGUCUUUUAUCCUUGGGAGUUCCUUUCAAGCUUUCCUUGCAGAACAGUUGUUUUCCCGUUAAUGACAUCAGGAGUUACUUACUGGGCAAUCAAGUCUUUGCAGCAGUUGGACAUAUGCUCAAGUUGCAUCAACAGCUACACUCUCCUUGUAUCACCUCGCCUUCUCUUUACAAUCUUUUCUUUCAUACUUGACUAUAGCGUAUAUCGAUUAGCCCCUUUCUGGGAAGCAGAUCUGUGGAAAGCGCUGGUACUUCUUGCUGGAUCCUAUGUCACUCUGGUGUUUUAUACAAGAACAUUUACCAACACGCUCGAAGGACUUCUCUUUGCUCUUCUCAUGGUACUGGUUUCCUCAAGAAAGUCCAAUGGCAGCUCAGUGGAGCCUACAAGCAGCCCUCUCAUAGGUGUUAUAACAACUGCUGGGUUUUUCAACAGGCCAACCUUUCUGGCAUUUGCCCUAAUGCCCCUGCUUUACUGGGCAGGUUUAAUUGUUGAUUCUCAAAGGAGCAUUAAAACUGUCAUAAACCACUUUUUGAAGCUCAUACUAUGUGCAUGUUUCACUGCCAUUGUUUUCAUAACAGCUGACACCUUUUAUUUUACCUCUGUGAGCUUAGAUAACCUUUACAGCAUUGACAAGGGCAGCCUAUUUGAUGUAAUAGCUCAAUUACAUGAGAAAAUGGUAGUAACCCCCUUCAACUUUCUCAGCUAUAAUCUUAAUCCUCAUAAUCUUGCACUGCAUGGAAGUCACCCACGAGUUACACAUUUUACAGUCAAUGGAAUUAUGCUCUUUGGGAUCUUACAUGUUCUGGCCAUUGGUGCUGGUUUUAAAAUGUUAAAGAAAUAUGUCCAUCAACUAAUACAGGUCAAAUCAUGUUACCGUGGGCUUCCUGGGCUAUUGGUGCAUUCCGAGGGCAAUCCAACAUUACUGCUGUUUUAUUUUGUUCCUUUGGCAUUUCUCUCCCUAUUCAGUCACCAGGAGCCUCGGUUCCUCAUUCCCCUCAUCUUGCCAUUGGUCCUGUUCAGUGCAUCACAGGGCAGAGCUGUGAAGUGGAAACACCUCAUCAUUAUUUUCAAUCUUCUCGGGGCAUUCCUGUUUGGGUGCCUACACCAGGGAGGGCUGAUACCCUGUUUGUUUCACUUGGAGCAGCUCAUCCAUUCUCCAGCACCUUCAAACCAUCCAAGGCACUAUACUCUACUCUUUGCUCACACCUACAUGCCUCCAAGGUUUCUGCUUAAUAUCAAGAAGACAGACGUGCACGUACAAGUCAUUGAUAUAGCUGGGUCUGGAGAAGAAACCCUCUGCCAGACAGUAGAGCAGCAAGCAAGCAAUUUUACCUGCAGCGACUGUCACAUUUUUGUCAUAAUCCCUGGAACAGUCAGAGCCACAAUUGCAAAACGUGGUGUCUCAUUCAAGAACGAGACUGUGAUAUUUCCACACUUAUCAAUGGAAGACCCACCACAAAUGUCCAUCCUAUCCAGUGGAAAUUGGAGAAGUCAGUUAGGACUAUACAUCCUUCAGCUAGACAGAGAUCAGCACAGAUUUUAGGAGAACGAUACUUUAGUUUUUCACUUCAUUUGGACAUGGUCUGAAGGUGCUGUGAGACCUUCCUCUUCACAGGCCCACCUUCAAUGGAAGCAGUGGCACUGGGAGCUCUCCUGAGUCUCUUUAUUUGUCAUGUUCUUAUGCUCACCAGUAUAGCCAGUUCUGGAUAGAAUCUGCUUAGAAUUUGAGUUUUUUAGCCCUGUAGUGUUUCAUAUGAACUUCUGUAAUUUUCUUGAUGGGAGAGGAUAAAAUCAGAGCCCACCAAAACUGUGAUUCAAGCUUAGCAGUCUCCAUGUGAGAUUUAUUUUUGGAAGUUUUUAUAAUCUCUGACAGAGUUUGUAGACUGUGGGGUGUUUACUUAUAAUAGGCAUUAAAUCAGCUGUUGGAGAGAGGUUACAAGGCUGGACAGAAGCUGGUCUGAUUAAGUAAGAUUUUAUUUUAUGUACUUAAAAAUUCAUUAGACCAGACUGCAGUCACAGUACAGGCACCAGCACUGUAACCACUUGGGUGGUUCUGCCUUGAAAAAUCCCCAGCACUAAAUGAGACAGAAUCUCAUUUAGAACGUGGAGGAUGCUUCAGCCUAAGUACUUGUGCUAAAUCCUAAAAUCCAAGCUUUGUCUGUUUAACCUUCCUUGCCACAGUUCCAUCCUCGUGGAUGUGUUCCACACGCACUGCACCCAGAGCUCGAGGAGACUCUUCUGUGAUGGCCUUGAAGCCACUCGGUGUUCUGCUGCUGCAGCCAGGGCACUCCUGCCCUCGCACGUUCCCGGCACUGUUCUCGCAGCUGUCGCUGUUCUGUCGCGACUGUGACUCGGGCAGAACGCAUGGCAGGCCCUGCGGGGAGUUGGAUCGAGGAGCUGCGCAGGCAGAAAGCGUGUAACUCGGAGGGAUUUGAUCCUUCGUGCCAUUGCAGCAGAUGGAUCUCUGAACAGGCUCACGGCAAGGUCAGAGAUGCACCAGUUCUGCUGCUGGGGAGCGGGGGAGGACCCGAGGGAGGAGCCGCAUCCCCUGCACCCCCUCCCCUUGCUUAACUGCUCCCCAUUAAAUCAGCUUAGUGGGAAUGACAGAUCACAUCCUGACUCUCAACUGGAGAGCAGGCUCAUUUUAAACUGGGAUACAAAUAACUGGGCUUCAGCUGAGAACAACGUGUGUGCAUAAUAGCACAGCACAACUAACAAUCUUUGGUUUUGCCUACGUGAACUUCUGGAUCCAAAACAUCUUGACAUGGAGGGAGAUACUCAUUUGGCACAUGCAUUGUAGGUCAAACCUCUCUCUAUGGAACGAAUCUGACAUUUGAAUUAUUUCUGCUCACAAAGGUGGUAAUGCUUUUGGCAGUUCUGCACCCACACAGCUUUACAUAAGGUCUUAUGAGCCAGGUUUUCAAUAGAGAUGAGGAUAAUAUAAGUUGAUGCCAGGCUUUAAAGGGAUGCUAGGAAAAAUGCAUGUGUGAAGGAUUUGCCUGUAUUUUCCAAACUAUAGGUAUGACCUAGAUUUUUAGGGAACAUAGCUCUUGCUCUCUUGUAAAGCAUUGUGUAUUUUCUCCCAUUUGUUCGUCCACCUCCAUCACUCUCCAGACAUGCCUGUAAUUAAAGGUGGGUGUAUGGGGGGAGGCAGGGGGAGAAGGGGUGCAUGUAUGUUUGUACUGAUGACUCACAAAGUAGUGGAAAUGGUUUUGAAAGUAUUGUGACACCAAGUGCAUUUUUCGCGUUAAUUUCCUUUUUGCUUUCUGGGAGAACAGCCAUCUGCCACAGCUUGUACUUACUGUUUUCAGCUUUCUUAAACAGCUUAAAUCUUGAAAAUUACUUUUACAGAAUUUAUGAACGCUGGCAAUCUGAGGGGUAGAUCUUGAAACUCUUCAUGGAUGUAAUGGAGCACCAUUUCCAUGGCACAGUGACUACCCUAUAGCUGCACAGGUAACCUGUGACUGAACCAGAAGAGAACCUGAAGUACAAGGGAUAACUCAGACUGACAAUACACUGUUUUUGUCUCACCAGCCAGGCCUUUGUAAUUUACAUCACAGAUGCAAUCUCUCCAUCCAUGCACACCUGAGUCUUUGCUGGUGGGAGGUUUAAUUUUACCAGCAAUACUGGAAACUGUAUCUCAGGUAAUGUACAAGGUUCUUGUCACCUGGGGUGAUACAAGGAAUGGAAAUGAUCCUUCACAGUUAACUGAGCCUCAAGUCAGCCAGACCAUGCUCUGAAGGAAGGUUAACUGCUUUAGUCUCAUAGAUGCUGUCAUAUACAGCAUCUUAAGCAAACCAGCCCAGUGCAUCAUGUAUGAUGGGUGCAUCCUUUUCCAUAUUUAUAUUUAGGACAGCUCUACUGGUCAUUUUUUCCCUGUAAACCUUUCUUGCUACCAGACUUGAGGUGUGCUUUUAGGCUAGCUAGUGAAUCUCUUUUACCUUCCUCUAAGAUGGGCAUUAUCCUAUUCAUCAUCAUCGACAUUUAAAAGCCCCUUUUGUAUCAAAAUGUAACAGUUGUAGAGUAUUACUGCUGUAUGGACAAACAUUGUUACAGCCACUCCCAUGGGAAUCGUGGUUUUAUUUCAAGUUUCUUAUGCAGCACUUAAAGUGACAAUCCUGACAGCGUUCUGGAUGAUGCUUAGUGAGUGUCUGCUUGUUCCUGAGAACUGUGGAACACGUAAAACGGCUUUGAAAUGAAAACCCAUCACACCGAUGAGCAGCAAUAGCUUCAUGUGUCCAUGCGAUGUGGGACGCGCCGUCGGGUCUGCAGCUCGCCGUCCGCCGCCCGGGGGUCCGCAGUAGCCACCGGGGCUCCUCACCCGCCGG